ACUCACUUAGCGACUCAUUCAAAUGCACACCGGCACGUCAAAAGAUCAUAUGCUUGAAAUGGAGGUUCUUACCGAUGAAAACAUUAGUCCAGCUUUCAAGAGAAUCAAAUAUGGAAUACGAGGAUGGCUCGAAGAUCGCACUUAUGAAAUAAAGCAAGAGCUUGCUCGCGUGAGUAUAAUUUAUUCACAACGAGCUUUUCAAAGGCUUAUGGUCGGAUCGGGGCUGGGAGUCAGGCUAGUUAAGUACCCACGUUUUUCAUCCAACUACACUGUCAGAGAAUGGUCUUAUACCCUAGGCUAUCUUCUGAGAUUGUAGGCUAUUUAAGUUCCUAAAUAGGUCCUUAACCGCUAUCUACAAGUCUACAAAGCACAAAGCACAAAGCAAAAAUGAUGCAAUAGACCUUCGUCAAGCGGGGGCCAUUUUGUCUCGGAAUAUUAAUUUAAAAGCUUUGUUUAUGCACGCCAGACUUAGUUAAUCGAUAAACCGAUAAUCGAUACCUGUAUAAAUCAUCGAUGAAUAUCGAUUUCUGAUAUCGAUCGAUAGACAUCGAUAAAGAAAAAAAGUUGUGACUUCGAUUAAUAUUGAUGAUUUUCCGAUAGAAAUCGAUAAUGGUUCUUCAUCGAUUACUAUCGAUUGUUAUCGAUUUUGUUAAUCAAUAACAAUCGAUAGAUUGUUUUUUCUGUGACUUCGACUUUUAUCGAUUAACUACGUCUGGUGCACGGCUCGUAGAGAGAACGAGGCUAGUCGUGCAUUUAUAUACAAAGCUUUUUUUAUAAAUCUCCUGAGACGAAAUGGACGCCACGUGACAAAGGUUGUUACAGGGCCUAAAAAGCAUGUGUGCCACAAGCAGCCCAGGUUAGUAUUUGUAGAAAAAUCCAUGAUAGAUCAGCCUGCAUGUAGUUGUUGUUGUCCUUUAUACGAUCUCACGUCAGUCUCAAGCCCAAAGCAUAAGAGUCAGCAGUUGUUCACCUCCACUUUAUAGAGCAACAAUAACAACUGUUUAACUCCUUCUUUAUAGCCCCAUUUUCUAGAGGUGGUGAUCUAAAACUAAUCCCACAGUAGGUUAUUACGAGCAGUUAUGAAGUCCGUUGAAAAUGGCUUUUAAAAAUCAAAUUCUUAAUAUCUUAAUUAGUGUUGCAUAAGAGAGGACUUAAAGUAGUCUGUGUAAAGAAAAAGCAUACUGGAUAUCAAGGGGUAGAUGUUCCACUCUGGGGUAGUUGUGAGGAAAGAAUAAUGCUCUCUAUAACAGGACUUCGGCGCUAGAAUAUUCCUGAAGUACAGUAGACUUUAAGAUUGUCUAUAGCAUCCUCUGAUCCAGUUAGAGUGGCAAUAGUUUACUUGCCUUGUACUCCCUAACAUGUCACAAUGGAACUCAACUGGUUUGAAUUUGUGCGUCAUGAAGCAAGGCCAAGAUGACCCAGAAUCUCAAUUUUAUUGAUUUAAUGGUAAAAGUACACACAAGAGGACAUGAUGCAGGGAAUUAGUGUCCCACAGGCCAGCAACUUUUUUUUUGUUCAAGAUUGUUCUCUGCACCUUUAAGUGGUGCAUAAUGUUGCAUAAUCUCUCUCCCCUGUAGAGAUAUAUUACAGCGUACACAUAAUCCAGUAACACAUUUGACAUAUUUUUUACUGCAUUCCAGUAAUAUGUUGUAACAAAAUUAAAAUGACCCGAUAUGGGCUGCAGGUACUCCUAGGAGUUGGUCCAUCACUGUGACAAACUUAACCCUUGGCAGCUUUGACCUACAUUUAAGGUCUACUUAAUUGAUAAUUGAAUGUGACUUAUAUACACAUCUACCAGUAAUAUGCUUCUUGACAAUUUUAUAAUAGGGAGAAAGCAAACCUUUUUCAGAAGUUGUCAUACAUCUAGGAAACCCACAAGGCAUGGGGCAACCACCUAUUACCUUCUUUAGACAGGUGAGUAUAUUAACUGUCCUUGUUUGUCAGGACUUAAUAAUGUGAGGUUAGACCAUCAGUAGGAGGCGGCAGAUGCAGAAAACUGAUCAUGAGAAAGUGGUGGGAGAGUGGCCAAGACACUUGCCAACUAUUUUUCCCCUGAGAUUGGGAGCUGGGACCAUCAAAGACUGAGUGUCCUUGGACCAUGCACCCCUAAAUCAACCCAUGAUUUUCAUCUUUUUGUUAGAACCUUAAAGCAUAAAUCAAUGUCCUCAUGUAGAACUCAUGCAUGCCUAAACUGUAUUCGUCCAAGCUAUAUUAAAUUCAGCAUUCAGGUUAUAAUACAGCAGUCUUUAAUUACAUAAUUUUACAAUUUGAGCUAUAAAUGCUGCUUUUCUCCUUUUCAAUGGAAACCUAAUCUAUUUUAAAGGCUCUUUUGGUUGUAUAAUAAAGUAAGGAUAAAAAACGUUUACUCUAGUCUUGAACACAGGAAAAAAUAACGAAUUCCCAUUUUUGGAUAUUUUAGGGUAUUCAAAGAAUACCCACAAAAAUCCCAAAUUUGGAAGAGUGAGACAAGUCCCAAUCAGGGAACUUGGUUGGGAAUUCCCUGGUUGGGACUUGUCUCACUUUGCCAAAUUUGGGAUUUUUAUUGGUAUAAUUCUUUAAAUAUCCUAAAAUAUCCAAAAAUGGGAAUCCGUUAUUUUUUCCUGUGGAAGUUGGUAUGGUAAUAUCCAAUAUCUAUAGAAUUUGAUAUUACAACCUUUAGAACCAAAAGCCCUCCCUUAAUUUUAAGUGAUUUAUUAUAAUAUGACUGAUCACCACUACAUAGGGUAGACAGUGUGUGUAACUUUUUGCAGGUUAUGGCUCUUCUUUUGUGCCCUGACCUUUUAGAUGAUCCAAGCUUCCCUCAGGAUGCUAAAAGAAGAGCCAAGAGAAUCCUCGAUGACACAAUUGGACAUACCAUAAGUUAGUAAUAAUAACAAGAAUUGCCAUUAUUUGAGUGAACCUUAAAUGUUGGUUAAUAAUAUUGAAACAGAUGCAGUCCAGGGGCGGAUCUAGGGGGAGGGUGCAGGGGGUGUGCACCCCCCCCCCUCCCGAGAUGACCUGCGGUUUUCUAAUACAACUGGUAUUCUGCAAAAAAAAAACUAUGUGGUUUAUUGGUGUUGAAGUAGAGUUAGAGACGAGUGCACCCCCUCCUGAAAAAAAUUCUGGAUCCACCCUUGCAGUCUGAUCAGUGCUGCAGUUCCUUUUCAGUUUGAGUGCCUGAUGUCACAUUUAUUAUAUCAUAAUAAUUCUAACAGAAUCUCGUUUGUCAUCAAUAACUCUGACCACAGGGUCCAGAUAGAGGAGAUGUGUUUGUCGUUAGAACAUCAAAACCCGUCAAAAACCUCUAAAGAAAUGGGUUAUUUUGAUCGCAUUACAGUUUCGUUACACAUUCUAUAGACCGCAAACCAAGAGACUGAGGGCUCGCACUAGGCACUUGGUGCCUCGGUCGCCCUUCGGGCGACGUGCCGUGCGCCAGCGAGGAUAUGGCUUGCGGUUAUUGAUUUUCAAAAGUCGAUCUGGGUCAGAUAAGAAGCGAAGAAAUCGUUUACAGUAGAUUUAUAAAGAUCCCAUUGGGCUAAUUAAUCGUGCUAAGCGACAGGUAUAGACAAUUUUCAAGGUGAGACUUUAAAUAAGUAAUUCAUUUAUUCACACGAAACUCCCCUAGACAGUGUGCUCUGACAGGGAUUUUCCAGAAAAUCUCCUUCCUACAGCCACACCUUUUCCUGUCUAAAACCGGGAGGGCCAAAAUUUGAGAAUUCCCCUUGCCCCACAUAUCUGUAAAUUUCGGUUAAGCUUUCCUCAGAUGACACAUCCCCCGGACAGAGCUGACUGAUCUCCCUAACACUGAAAUGCUAAGUUUGCACCCUGCUUUUCUUAGCACCUCUCAAAGGCAGAUACUGUCAUAUUUAGGGGUCAAUCCAUCUUUGAGUACCUUUUAGUUCCUUCUAUUCAGUUUCCUUUAGUCUUUGGUUGGCACAGGUGGGUUGAGUUUCUUGUUGGUUCUCUUCCUCAUUCCGUUUCUUCCAGCACUCUAGUUUAAUUUCCCACUCCUCAAAUUAAACCAACACAUCCAAGUUCCAAGUCGAUCUGGAAUGCCUGAUGAUGUUUAAACGAGUUCUAAAGAAGUCCUCUUUUGCAAUGUUUAUGAUUAAUAUUUUAGUUCAGUGCUAAAGCACUUAAUAAUCAGUGAUCACCUCCAAAUUUCCAUGAUGGUAUCUUGAAUAUGAUUUCUAGAGAAGGAACUAUAAAAUUAUGGUUUGCAUUUACACUUUUACAGGUAGCUACACUUCAGCUCAGGGUAUAAAUGUUUUGCGUCAGGAUGUGGCUAAUUACAUUACACAACGAGACAGUUAUCCUGCAAACUGUGAGGAUAUUUUUCUCAUAAAUGGAGGAGCAGAGGGAAUUGAUGUAAGUUAAUGUGAUUGCUUCUGGAUUGACAUCUAACAAAUGUUUUUAAAUGUGUGCUUUUGAAUUGGUACAUUAAGCUACAAUUAGUUGCUUGUCCUUUCCAUCAUCAUUCUCAAUAUCAUCAUCUUCAUUACUAAUUUCGUAUUAGACAUGAAGUGGGAAAUAUUUUUUUAUGUUGUGUGUAAAGCGGUGAACAAAGCUGAGAUAGAAAAACAAAUAUAAGUAAGUACCAACUCACCUGAGUAAACCUAGUGGUAACUGAAAAAAUAAUGGUUUGUUUGGCCACACAGGUCAUGAUGGGAAUUAUUUCAACAGGAAUCACGGAAGGAAAGGGUCGAGCUGGGGUAAUGAUUCCUAUCCCUGGAUAUAGUAUGUAUCAGGCGAGGCUACUGCAACACAACACACACCAGGUAAUACCUAUUCGUUCACGCAUUUUCCUCUACUUAGUCUACGUAGCUGACGGUUUUGUGUGGGAGGGGCAGCGGAAAGGAGUGCGAAGAGAGUGGAGCGCUCUUUCGCACACGCCUCGCGCGUGCUGUCGCGGCUUUACUUCGCUUUUCACGCUUGCUGACCAGUAAAUUGUAACGUCAGAUAACUGUUAAGAAGAAAGAGACUUGCCGGAGACUCUAAAAGAUGGUUGUAAAUUUGAAUUAAUUGUUCGCAUCCCGAAAGUCUACUCCUGUAUUUUCCAAGCAGAUUUUCCAUCUUUAAGAGCCGUUGGCGCGUGCGAACCACUACUAGAAAAGCAAAAUAUUACAAAACAAAAAACGCUUUGUUGUGUUCGAGCGAGUGAGCUUCUUCGCUGCACAAAAUUCGUCCAAGUUUGGCUGAUUUUCACUAACCACAGUGACCGGCCGGUCGUACUCAGAGUCGUAAACGGUUUCAUAAGCUUAAAGGCCGGAAUCGGAGUCCCAAGAAUUGGAACGUUUUUGGCUUCCGACUCCGCUUACGACUCCGCCGCUUACAGUAUAGUAAUAAGGAGACGAAUAAAUCAAUCACAAUACUUGGUCCCAAGCACUGUGGCAUGUUAGUGAAAGACUGAUUUGUCGCUUCUCCUUACAAGUGUAACAACCUUGUAGUUUUCACUACUGGCUUUGUAAGCGACGGGGUCGUAAGCGGGAUCGGACUUCUUUUUCACUAGAUCAUAACGCUUUGCACUUCUAAUUACGAUUAGUGAAAACUGGACCAGCCUUAGCUUAAGAGUUGCCGAAACUAUCGGUCAACCGGAAUAAAUCUAAGAACUUGGUUCCAGUUUUGUUGCAGCAAGAAUUUAUUACUUCAAACUCCGGCAUUCUUCCUCAGAGACCCCAGGAGAAAAUUACGUUCUACACAAUUUUUUGUUUAUUUUUUAUCCUAAAGAUAUUUUACCUUCUUGACGAAGACAACAACUGGGGUUUGAAUAUGUCUGAACUAAAGAAAAAGCUGGAUGGGGCAAGGCCGCACUGUUUACCAAGAGCUCUUGUGCUGAUAAAUCCAGGCAAUCCAACAGGUACAUUGAAUGUUUAUCUAUUUGUAAUUACCUGCAAUAAUAUUAAUGAAGAUGAAGAUGAUGAUGAUGAUGGUGAUGAUGAUGAUGGUGAUGGUGAUGGUGAUGGUGAUGGCAAUGAUAAUAAAAUUUCUCUAUUUACUCCCGACAUUGUUUUUAUCAGCACACAAUCAGGUUAGUGCGUUCGAGCUUUCUUUUCACGGGGUGUCCCUUAUAAAAGGGUGUUCGUUAUACCAAGGUGUUAGCUAUACAGGCGUUCUUUUUGCUGGGGUGUUUUUUUUUUUUCCUUUUUUUAAUGAAUUCCUCCUUAUACCGGGAUAUUCAUUAUCUAGGCAGUCGUUAAACUAGGGUGUCCGUUAUAUAGAGAUUCUACGUUAAACCGAGGUGUUCGUAAUAUCAGAGUUUAACUAUAAAAUGUAAACUUGUUCUGUCCUUCGUUUAUCCAUUAACUUUAGUCACGUUUGCUUCUUGUUUAUAUAUAGGUCAGGUGUUGACGUAUGAAGACAUUCAAGAAGUAAUCAAGUUUUGUGCUCGUGAGAAGUUAGUUUUAUUCGCCGAUGAAGUUUACCAAGACAACGUGUACGCGGAGGGAGCCCAGUUUCACUCGUGCAAAAAAGUCCUCAGGGACCUCGGAGACGAGUAUAGCGGAUUUCAAUUGAUCUCUCUUCAUUCCAGUGCCAAAGGGUAUACAGGCGAGUAAGUUGUGCGUGUGUGUUUUUCCACUUGUUUGUUUGUUUUUGCGGCCACCUUCAGGAAGUAGACAAGAAUGAUUUAGUGCCAAUUUUGUACCCUUAGGCUCUGUUUCCCAGGCUUAUUUGACUGUACAUACAUAACCACAGACAAACCAUUAUUAACCCUUACAUUCCCAAUUACAAAUAACAAAUUUCCUUUUUUAAAAUGCUUAGAAACAAUUAGUACCACAUGAAAGUAUAAACAACGAGGUUUCAUUUGAAUGGUCACACCAAAAGCCAAAGGAUUUCGUCCACCGACUCUUAAAGUUAAUUAAAACUUGAAUUCCUUACUCGACUACAUCAUUCAUUCUGCGGGAAGUUAAAGGGUUAAGGGGUCACUUGUCAAAGUCCCGGAAAGACCUUUCUCUGAAUUACUGAUAAGAGUCGCAGCCCUCCUUUCCCUAGUAGUCCUUAUCAAGUUUUUUGUAUUUCCUUCAUCCCGCUAUUAAAUGUUCACUGUCCUACGAGGAAUUUUGCAUGUUCAUUAAAAACAUCAUUUUGUCUUUGGCUUGACAUUUCCUCUUUUUUGGCACAAGAAAAGGCAGGAAACACUUUGUGGAUAUUAUCGUCUUGAGGUGGAUUCUUCAUCUGUACUUAACGGUUAACGGUCGGUAAUCUCCAACCCAGAUCUCAUGUAGACGAAGUCGAAGAGAUCAACAAGAGGUCUGGUUACGAGACUAGUCAGUUGGCUAUUGCCAAAGAUGACUGUUGACACAGGUCAUGAUAUUCUCCUUUUAAAACUACAACAUCUCGGUAUUUCUAAAAACGCUCUCGCGUGGUUCACUAGCUACCUGACCAACAGACACCAAGUCGUGCGUAUUAACUCGACCCUCUCGAAUUUGUUGCGUUUAAAUAGUGGUGUUCCUCAAGGAAGCAUUCUUGGGCCGCUUCUUUUUAGUAUUUACAUUAACGACUUACCUUCUGUUCCUAGAAACUGUUUAACGCAAUGUUACGUAGAUGACACUAAACUUCAGAUUUCUUUUAAGAUGCGUGAUUGUCCGACUGCUAUGAACGAUCUAAAUAGCGACCUUCUUUUAAUACGUAAUUGGUGUUUUAACAAUUUUCUACUUUUAAAUCCUGAGAAAACAAAACUCGUAGUCUUUGGAAGCCGACAACUACUUGCCAAACUCCCCGACUUCAAAAUAUCUCUUCUAGGAAAAGAUCUCGCUCUUACAUCUUCGGCCAAAGAUCUUGGGGUUGUUCUAGAUCCGCAACUAACGUUUGAUGACCAUGUUUUAAAAACUACGUCAUCUUGUAUGUCAAGCCUCGCACAAAUCAGUCGGGUUAAACAUGUUCUUGACCGUAACCAACUGGUGACAGUAAUAAAUGCCCUAGUCUUUAGCAAAUUACUGUACUGUUCCACAGUGUGGUCGAACACCUCGAACAAAAAUAUCUGUAGACUACAGUCAGUGCAGAACUUUGCCGCGCGCAUUAUUACAGGUACCAGGAAAUUUGAUCAUAUAACCCCCGCACUAAGAGAUCUACGUUGGUUUCCAAUUAAACAAAAGCUGUUCUUCCGCGACGCUCUCAUGGCAUUUAAAUGCAUGACUGGUCAAGCUCCACAUUACCUCAGCGAUCAAUUUACAACAAGAAUUGCGGUCACCGGGCGCGUGACUCGAAGUUGCCAAUUAUUAAACAUCCCCUUGUAUAAGUCGAGUACCGGACAGAGAACAUUCCACUACCGUAUGGUGCACAUUUGGAACAAUCUAGACAGUACUCUUAAAACUGCAAAAUCGAUUUCUACUUUUAAAUUUUAUUUGAAAAAUAAAUUGAUUACUGACUUUUUAAAUAGCACGUUAUGAUAGUAUUUUAGUAUCUUACUAGUAUCUUAUUUUAUUAUAAUUUUAACUUAAAAAUAUGCAUAUUGUAUAGUACGUAGUGAGAAUAUUUAUUAUUCGAUUAACUCUUAAAUAGGUAUGUUUAUAUUGCUUUUGUUCACCGCACUCUUUCCUUUUUAAUUGAAUUGUUAACUACUUCUCUUAUCUUAAUUAGUAGUCGCAUUGUCACUGAAAAGCCCCACCAGGGGAGUGUCAAUAAACUAUUGUAUUGUUUGGUUGUAAUGUUCAGCUUUCUGGACUUGCGUAUCCCGUGGAAUGGUCCUUAUGCGCUAUCAUACGCUUCAGAUGAGCAAAUUUCACCACCAAGCCUCGUUUGUAAGCAAAAUUCUUCGCAUUUGCACUCUUUCUGGGUGGGUCUUGGGAAACAAUUUAAAAGCAAAACUUCGCCACUUUUCCCCACUUAACAAUUCGUUUCCCGGAAAUCGGGAAUUCAAGUGCUCAGCCUCAGCAGCAAAAAUAGCCAACUGAUCAUGAAUGCCAAAACAAAUCUUUUGUAUUUUCUCACAAUAAGGCCUUUGCAGCUAGCUAUUCACGUGGUACAAAACCGCUAUGCUGGGGAGUUAGGGAGGGGCGCUCUGGGACAAGACAAACAAACAGCUCACUUCAUUAAAGUUGUAACUUCCUAUGUUUGUCUUCUCCCAAUGCGUGUCUUGGGGUGUUUGCCAUUUUUAUGGACAAACCAUUCGGUUGGCGGUUUGGGCAUGCAAAUGGUAAGCAAAAUUCAGUGGUAGUAAAUUUCGUCCCGGAAUCGCGUUUACCAUUUGCGUACAAAUCAGUUUCAUUUACCGAGAAACAGCUGCGAGAACCUUAAACUGGUAUCAAAGGUGGCUUUGAAGAAAAGAAACACGACCGGAAAAACAGAAAAACCUUUUCAGACAUUCCUUUGCUCCUCGAAAUUUUCCACUGAAUUUCUUGAACAGUCGUCAAGUGUACUUUCCAACUGUAUUUUUGUAAACGGUAAACAACCUUGCUCUCCAUCAUGGCGGUUUCGUACCAUGCCAAAAGCUGCAAUGGGCCAAUAGAGGAUGUUAGCAUCAACAACGACUACGAGUACGAGAACGAGUUCAAGCCGCACUCGUACUCGAAGUCGUUUUCUCAGCUUUCUAUGUUAGCGAUGACACCGAGUUCGAGUUUAUAGAAAAUAAAAUUAUGGGAUUCCGCAUGACUGGGCGCCAAAUUUGAGUCGAAGUAAGGGUCAUUUCGUGAGCCUGUGAGGCCUGUGGAGAGACAUGAAACUUUCCCGGGUAAAUGCAAAUUUACUCUGUGUAGGAAAUAUCGUGUUCGGUUGCUUUUCCUCGACUUCAAUAGCAGUUUUUUACAUAAAACAUAAUAUAAGGAAUGUUCAAGAUGAUAAAGAGACGCUAGAAACGAAAAGAAACUGCAUUAAACGAUCGGAAUUUACCUUUGAAAACCGGCUCUUCACAGUCGUUCUACCCACUUCGAGUUUUUGGUGAGCACUCGUCGUAGUGCAACUUGACAGGACGACUUGAAAACGUGGAGAUGCGCAGAACGGAUGCGCAGUACGCAAAAUCGCUGAUCUCGUUCUAGAACUCGUACUCGUUGUCGAUGCUAACAUCCUCUAAUGGAUCUGAUCUAGAUCUACCGCGGCUACUGGACUUUCUUCAUUGCUGUUCCUUGCAGAUGUGGGCUCAGAGGUGGAUAUAUAGAGCUCGUAGGAUUCAAUGAUCAACUCAGGUCUCGAGUUAAAACUUACCUGAGUGCAAGAAGUUGCCCUUCCACAAUAGGACAGGUACGAAUAAUGUAUGUCAUGUAG